AUGGCAGACAAAGAUUUGGAGGUUGCAGAGGACGGCAUGGAGUCGCCACAGCCCAUCAAAGAGUCUGCCCUUCCUCCUGCUUGGCGCGAUGUCUAUUCCGGGGAGAAGUUCAAAGUUUCCUCCUUGUUGCCCCCUUUGGCUUGGCUACCUCGCUACGUCCGCGCCAUGAAGGGCAAUCCUGCGAAGGCGGACACGGAGGCGGUCGGAGAGCUGCCAUACUCGCUGAAGGGGGACAUCAUCGCAGGGCUCACGGUUGGUUUGAUGUUGGUGCCUCAGUGCUUGGCCUUCGCCCUGCUGGCAGGUCUCCCUGUGAGGGCCGGGCUCUACUCGUCCUUUGCUCCCCUGGUGCUCUACGCCAUGUUGGGCACUCUACGGCAACUGCAAGUUGGACCCACAGCACUCAUCAGCUUGUUGACUGGGCAGGCACUGGAUUCCGUGGGCUUGCUUGGAGAGGGUGGGCCUGCAGCUGAGGCGGCCCGCAUGGCCGGAGCCACCCAGCUGGCCAUGCUGGUAGGCCUGAUCAGCUUGGCGCUCGGCAUCCUGCGUUUCGGCUUCGUGGUGGACUUCAUGUCCCACUCCGUGAUGAGCUCCUUCUGCACAGCAUCAGGCGUCAUCAUCGCGACCUCCCAGCUGAAGCACGUGCUUGGCAUCUCCAUGAAGCGCCACAAGCACUGGUGGGAGACCGCCGGUGACCUGAUCGUGAAGCUGCCCGAGUCAGAUGGGGCUACGGCGGCUCUUGGGUUCACCUUGUUGGCCUUCCUCACUUUCAUGAAGGCCUGGAAGCAAGCUGGCAACGCGGAGAAGCGAGGCAAGCAUUGCUUCUGGCGCUUCUUUCCGAAGCGCAGGGAGGGAGUACCUUUCAAAGCCAUGAAGUUGUGCGCGGACCUGUCAUCGGUGUUGUGUGUGGUUCUCGGUUGGGUCUGGGGCCGUGCCUACGUUGCGGCUGGCGUGACCUCCGUGAGACCCAUCGGUGACACAGAGAGCGAAGGCUUCAUGUUCGUUCUUCCCACCUUUGACCAGACCACCUCGGACAUGAUCGUGCCGGCCGCGAUGAUCGCCAUCGUAGGGUUCCUGGAGACCAUCGCUGUGGGAGGUAAGAUGGCCAACGAGAAGCGCUACGGCUACGACGCCAACCAGGAGCUCCUGGCCCUCGGUGCCGCGAACAUUGGGGGGGCCUUCAUGGCAGCUUUUCCCAUCACCGGCGGCUUCUCGCGCACGGCGGUGAACGCCAUGUUCGGUGCCAGCUCCCAGCUGGCCGGUGCCCUCACCUCCGUGAUCGUGAUCCUCGCCGUGUACCUCAUCAUGCCCGUGGUGGAGGUCUUGCCCUUGUCCGCCUUGGCGCCCCUCAUCAUCCACGGCGCCAUCGGUGUGACUGACUUCAAGACCUUCAUCUCGACCUUCAAGGCCAACAAGCUCGACUUCGUGAUCAUGUUGCUCACCUUCGCGGUCUCCCUUGGCCUGACCGUCAAGGAGGGCCUGGCAACGGGCGUUGUUUUGUCGAUCUUGAAGCUCACCUACGAGAUCGCCAUGCCGAACAUUGCAAUCUGUGGCCAGGUGGAGGAUGGGACCUUCCGGGACUUCCGAUACUACCCCGAAGCGGCGAUGACCCCGAAGUGCGUGGUCUUGCGCAUGGAUGCUAGCUUGAGCUUUGCGAACACCCGGCGCUUGCAGGAGUUCAGCUUGCGCGCGAUGAGCGUGGCUACUGCUGCGGACCCCUCGGUGAGCCACCUUAUCCUCGAUUGCAAGUCGGUGAACGGCACUGACAUGACUGGCUGCGAGGCCAUCGAGAACCUGGCCAUCACCCUGGAGAAGCGGAAGAUGCACCUGGUCCUGGCGAACCUCAAGGCUCCCUUCACGCAGGCCCUCUUCGCCGCCGGGGUGGACAAGCACCUGACCCACCAUGGCGGCCACCUCUGUUGGAACAUGGCGCAGGCUGUUGCCUUGGUCGAUGGUGGUGACCCGCAUUCAGCCAUGGCGCCCCUGGGUCUGAGGAGGCCGCGCUUCCAGCCACCCGACUUCGAAGGCGAGGAUGGCCAGCUCCCACGGCCUGACUCGCCGUGCAGCACACCGCGGGCAGAUGAAUCAGGCCACGCAGACCACGAGGACAUGGGGCCCUUUUCACCCGACACCUUCGUCGAAUACCGGAGCCGAUCCAGUGGGCAGUGGAUUCUCGCAAAGGUGGAGAGCUACAAUGCCGACACUCAGACCUACCGCCUGGAUGUGCAGCCAUACGCGCCCGCAGACAGGUCCGUGCGGAUGACCCUGAGCUCUUAA